AUGGGACACCCAGGAAGACCAAGGCGUCGUAAUAAAAUGAUGCCAUCGCAUCAACAACCACUGGUAGCGCAACCAAGACAACCAGUGAAAGAAGAACCCAUGGUUCAGUUGCAUGACGAAGCAGACUUAAUUUCAUUUAGAUCUGAUGCAUUACAUAGAUUCGUCACAAACCAAGAAUACCUAGAGAAUGUGACUUCUAAACAUAUACAAAGUUCCAAAAUCAUCCCACCGAGCUCAUUUCCUAGUGUACCUAAACGUGAGAACGUUGAUGGGGAAGAAUUAAAGAAAAUGGCGCAAAAUUUAAAGCCCGAGGAAGUAUACUUUGGAGAUUUAAAAUUGAUGAAGAUAAAGAAACAGUUGUUGGGGGAAGAGAUUGACAAGUUGAAGCAUGAAAAAUCGCCAUAUUCUAUCGAUCUCGAUAGAGAGUACACAUAUCGCAGAGAAAAUAUCGAUAAACUAGCCUCUCUCCAAUCGAGACUAGGCACUAGUGAAUCGUUUGAAGAGUUGGAAACCGAGUUGAACAGUGUUUUAGAAAAAUACGAGUCUGAAUUUAAUAAGAAGUAUACAUCCAUAUCAUCAGUGCAUAAGCAUUCACAACCCAUAAACGAUUUAACGCACCAAACGGUGCAUGUCACCGAAGCACCAGAGAACUACAACCCGAGACUGAUUAACUCUUUUGUGAGUAUCAAUAAUAACGAGGAAAAUAAUGACCAGAGUCAUGACAAUCUAUUCGGUGAUGAGGUCAACUUCAAUGGCAAUAGGAACGAAAUGCCUUUCAUUGAUAGCUUCGAACAACCCCACCAAUCCAACGAGUUCAAUUCUAACGGUGAGCCCACGAUCUCCAAUGAUUUUACAAUAUCAAUGGUCGCUAACAAUAAUCAAAACAUGAAUAAUGAUGACAGUAAUAAUACUAAUAAUAAUAACGAAAACAAUAGUAAUGAUGAUAUUGACCAGCUAUUCAACGAAGGUAAUGAUGAUCCUGUAAUGGGAAAUACGAACGAUCAAGAAAUGGAUGAUAUGGAUGAGCUCAUUGACUUUCAACAAGCCGACGAUGAAAUCAUGGGGGGAACGGAUUUUGACCAAGACUUCUUGAGCCAGAUUGACCACGGUAUGGAAUAG